AUGGACUUGGGCCCGGGAGUUGAGGCGGCUGGGAUUGGGCCAGUAGCCCCCCAGCUGUGUUUCGAAACGGGUGCGCGGCAUGCGCCUUGGCGAGCUUUUAAGCUGUGCCGCCCUACGCGAGGAACUGGUAACAUUACAUUCCAUCUCAACUCUGUCACAGCGAGAACUCUAGGAACACCCCUACAUUGGUGCCAAGCUGCAAAUCACUCGGCCCCUAGCACGGCGUAA